AUGUCCGACCUGAAGCCUAAGUCUGGCAGGUUAUCCUUGUUGGGACUUCUCAAAGAGGUAUUCAAUUGGUACCCAUCCCACUAUCCAGCUGAAGAGCGAAAAUUACUCUUUAAAUUGGACUUGUCAAUCCUUGUGUUUGCCUGUCUAUGCUUUUUUGUCAAGUAUUUGGACCAAACAAACAUCAACAAUGCCUACGUCAGUGGUCUGAAAGAAGACUUUGGCCUUUACGGCAAUGAACUUAAUUAUUUCAAUAUCUGCUACUUUACAUCAUAUGUUGUUUUCCAAAUACCUGGUCUACUCCUGAUGUCGCGCCCGAAACUGGCUCGCUGGCUACUCCCCACGCUUGAGGUUCUGUGGGGUAUUUGUACGUUCGCUCAGAGCCGUGUGACAAAUGUCAACCAAUUGUACGCGCUUCGUGUUUUAGUUGGCAUGCUUGAGGCGCCUGUAUUUGCUGGAACCCACUUCGUUCUCGGUUCCUGGUACUCUGGUCCAGAACUGUUCAAGCGAGCAGGAACUUGGUUCAUAAUGAACCCCGCGGGAUCAGCAAUUAGCGGUUAUCUACAAGCAGCAGCAUACACCAAUCUCUCGGGUGUUGGCGGUAUGCCCGGUUGGAGAUGGCUGUUCAUCAUCGAUGGUGUUUUCACCAUUCCUGUGGCCUUACUCGGUUUCGUCAUUUUCCCUGGCAUUCCUGAUUCACCAAAGCCUUUCUUUUUGACAGACAGAGACAUCGUACUGGCGAAGGAGAGAACAGAAAGGGCCAAGAUUAGCAGGCCUGGAAAGAUGAAUCUUGACGUUUUCAAGAGGACUUUCAAGCGAUGGCAUAUUUGGCUCUUUGUCGGCUGUUACAUUUGCAUGAUAAUUGCGUCGUAUCCAGCUGGCUACAUGAGUCUAUGGCUCAAAGCGGAGGGUUACACUGUCAAGCAAAUCAAUCAGCUUCCGACUGUUACUUAUGGAGUUCAAAUUGUUGCAUCUUGGCUAGGGACUACACUAGCAGCGAUUUAUCCGGAGUGGAUCAUCUUCACGAUUGCCUCCGCAUUUUGUUUGUUUUCAGCAAUCGUUAUGAUAAUUUGGAACGUGCCUACCGGGCUAAAAUUCGUUGCAUGGUACUUCCUAGGGGCUGCUGGAUGCCUGAGUCCUAUUUUGUAUUCAACUAUCAAUACAAUUGUCAAGAACGACUCCGAGGAACGAGCCCUGAUUAUGGGCGCUAUGAUGUCGGUGGGCUAUUCGUUCAACAUUUGGGUUCCGCUAUUAGCUUUCCCAACGGCUGGUCCGAACGGUGCACCAAGAUGGCGACAUGGAUGGCCGGUAUCCUUCGUCUUCUAUUUCCUUUUGUGGGCUGGCUUUGUUUUCGCUAUUGUCAUAUAUCGAAGAGAGCAAAAGAAGGAAACCUCGGAACUUUCUCAAGAUAGUAGUGAUGAGGAACGGGAGACAGUCGUGGUCAAUACAGUUCCAACACGGAAGACUUAG